CAAGGCCCAAGCCCUAGGAUAUAUUAGAAGAGCCCGGCCCAAACAAAGAUUUUAUUAGGUUUUCUUCGGUUCCUCUCUGUUAUCAUUCGUCGCCUCUGUUCUUCUUCUACAAGUCGGUGUUUAUGUCUCUGAUAAACACACCGUGGUUAAAAUCAACAAAAAAUCUUGGAAACUGCGAAGAAAUGGACAAGAUCAGUCAGCUUUCUGAUGAAUUGCUCUUAAAGGUACUACAAUUUCUUCCAACAAGAACUGCCGUAAGCACAAGUAUUUUAUCGAAGCGAUGGGAGUUUCUUUGGAUGUGGUUACCUAAACUUGAGUACGACAAUACCGAUCAAUCAUCCUCUGAACUCCAGAGGUUACGUGCUUUUAUUCAUCUAAAUUUGCCACUACAUAGAGCUCCCGCCAUAGAAAUCUUCCGUCUCAAGUUUAUUAAUAUACCAACAGGAAUCUUUAAACCUAAAGAUAUCAAACUGUGGGUUGUAAUAGCAGUUUCUUGCUGCGUACGUGAGUUAAGCCUCAACCUUCGUUGUAUGUGCCGUGCUACUAGUUUGCCGAGUAGUUUGUAUAUCUGCAAAUCGUUAGUGGUCUUGAAUCUGAUAGGCGAUGAGAUCUCCGUGGAUGUUCCUCGUACGGCUUAUCUUCCCUCCUUAAAAGCUUUGCUCCUUCGACGUGUGAUUUACUCACAUUUAAAUGAAAACUCGCUUCACCGACUUCUUAGUUGUUGCCCUGUUCUUGAGGAUCUAGUUUUGGAACGAUGGUCAAUGGACUAUAUGGGUGAGUCCGAGAUUUUUCGAACAGUGAAUGUAACGAUCCCGUCCUUGCGGAGACUAGCCCUAGAGAUACCAAGAGAUGUUGAUAUGGAUGAGCUUGUUGUAAACACUCCUUCUUUGAAGUAUUUCAAAUUAGUUACAGAGGAGGAUAGCUACUCCUAUGAUUUUCAAGAUAUGUCUAAGUUAGAGGUGGCGGAUAUCGAAACGACAUUCCCUGAUAUCAGCAAGUUUGUUACAUCAAUCACAUCUGUCAAGCGGCUUUCAUUAUGCGUAAGAGUCAACGCGGAAGAGGAAGAGGCUUUAUAUAGUGAGGGUAUUGUCUUCAACCAGCUUGAGAAUCUCAAGCUUUGUCCAUGUGAUGCAAAUUGGUCAAAGUUACUUGUCCGGUUUCUCGAAAAUUCUCCUAAUUUACGAGAGCUAGAGAUCGAUCUGAACGAUGAUCAUAAAGAUAGUUGUGUGGAUCCACUGGUUUGCUUGGAGAAUCAAUUGAACUAUGUUCCUGAAUGUUUGAGGUCGAGUCUCGAAACUUUCAAGUGGACAGGUAUACAUGGAUCGCAGAAAGAGAUAGAGCUGGUUAAAUAUAUUAUGAGAAAUGCUUGUUGCUUAAAGACUGCGACAAUCUUGUUUCAGUCUACUACUCCAGAGACAGAGGAUAAACGUAAGACGAUGAUCCAGGAGUUGUUACUUUCUUCUCGAAGUUCAACAACAUGCCAACUCGUAUUUGAUUGAAGAUUUUAAUCAGUAGAUGUUUUUUCAUAUACUAUAAUUCUCACUUGCAAUUAUAUGAAUCUUGAUGAUCAUAAACAGUGGGUUUGUUUAUCGUUUUGAAGUUUUUUAGAUCUUUGAAUUUAGAAGAAUCCUUUGUUUCGACAAAGCCAUUUGUUGCGACUUUAUAAUUUAUGUGACAAAAGAUGUAACACAUCAAGAACUACAUCACUAGUUAAAA